CGCUCCGGCCGCUGCCGCCAGCCACGGCCCCUCCUCGCUGGGGGACCCCGCUGCCCAAGGGUGUUGUGUUGGCUGAUGCCGCGGUCACCUCCGGGCAGAGCCGGCUGAGGAUGAGGAGGAUGAGGAAGAAGAGGUGGAGAAUAAAAACCCGCCGAAAAAGCUCAAGAAGAAGCUUCCCAAAGAGCCUCUCUCAGGCGGGGGGGAGAAGAAGCUGAAGACAAAGGAAGACAAGAGCGACCCUGACAGCAAAGCCAAAUCUGCCAAAAGCACCAAGAAGGAGCCAAUGUCCGUGUUCCAGGUGAAGAAGGAGAAGAAAAGCAAGAAGAAAGCCGCCACCAGCAGCGAUGAGGAGGACGAUUCUGACUCCAGCACCAAACCCAUUAGGUCAGAGAAGAAGAAAAACCCAGCAUCCCUCUUUCAGACUGGUGGGGACCCCCCAAAAGAGAGAAAAUCCAAAAAGAAAGCAGUUCCUCCCAAAGGGGCUGAGAGUGAAGAGGAGACCCCAGAGGCCCAGCAGAAGAACUCCAACAAGAAGGGGAAAGCAAAGAAAUCAAAGAAGCAGCAGAAGGAGGAGAGGCCCCCGUCCCCUGUCAUCGAGGUGGACAACCUGGAGGAGUUCGUGCUGCAGCCGGCGCCGCAGGGCGUGACCGUCAAGUGCCGGGUGACACGGGACAAGAAGGGCAUGGACAGGGGGCUUUACCCCACCUACUACCUGCACUUGGACAAUGACAAGAAGGUGUUCCUCCUUGCUGGGAGAAAGCGUAAGAAGAGCAAAACCUCCAACUACCUCAUCUCCAUCGACCCCACUGACCUGUCACGGGGUGGAGAGAACUUCAUCGGGAAGCUGAGAUCCAACCUGAUGGGGACGAGGUUCACCGUGUUCGACAACGGCGCCAACCCCGACAGGGCCAAUGCUGACUGGUCCAACGUGCGGCAGGAGCUCUCGGCCGUGGUCUACGAGACCAACGUUUUAGGGUUCAAAGGCCCCCGGAAGAUGACUGUCAUCAUCCCUGGGAUGAAUGCUGACUGUGAGAGGGUGCCCAUCCGGCCCCGGAACGAUAACGACGGCCUCCUGAUGCGAUGGCAGAACAGGAACAUGGACAACGUGAUCGAGCUGCACAACAAAGCCCCAGUGUGGAACGACGAGACCCAAUCCUACGUCCUCAAUUUCCACGGCCGGGUCACCCACGCCUCCGUCAAAAAUUUCCAGAUCGUGCACAGCAGUGACCCUGACUACAUCGUGAUGCAGUUUGGGCGGGUGGCGGACGACGCCUUCACCAUGGACUACAACUACCCGCUGUGCGCCGUGCAGGCCUUCGCCAUCGCCCUCUCCAGCUUCGACGGGAAGCUGGCCUGCGAGUAGCACCGGGACCGCCGGGGCUGCCGGGACCACUGGGACCACCGGGACCACCCGCCAGUGCCCGCAGGAUGCUCCUGCAGCCCUGUCCUGUUCCGCUCCCUGCACUUCCACCUUCUUGCAGUCACGGCUGUUCCCGGGGUGGUUCAAGGCACCUGGUGCCCACCGAGGGCUGUGGGAUGCUCACCCAGCUGCAGCCACCCUGCCUCUCCAGGCAAAUUUGGGGCAAAUCGCUGGGCUGGGGUGAUGGCAGAGCCAGGUAUAUUCAUAUUCAUAUUCAGCAGAUGAGGCUAACUGCAAUCCCUGUCUCAUCCCUUUGGACUCAGGUCCUGGAAACUCAUCCGCCACCCCCUGCUUUUUUGUUGUUUUUUUUUGGUGGUUUUUUUUGUUGUUGUUUUGCUUUGGGUUUUUUGGUUUUUUGUUUUUUGGUUUUUUUUUGUUUGUUUGUUAUGGUUUAUGCUCAGUCUCCCAAUGAGAAGGGGGUAGGUGGUCUCCUCACUUUGUAUCUCCUCAUCCCUGCCCACGUGCAGGUGGGCUCUGCCUAAGCUCCCAUCCCAGCUCCUUGCCCACCAAGCACAAAGCCCCUCUUUUUCCCCGUUUUGCCCCGGUGUGAGCGGAUGGCUGAUGCCCACGGUGUGUUUGUACCCACUGGGUCUCACCUCACUGCCCAGAAACUGCUGGGGAUUUGGGGCCCUGAGAAGCAGCCUGGCACCGGCAGCACACGGGCACGUGCCGAGGGGUGACAGUGCCAGCAGGGGAGGGCUGGCAGGCACGUGAGGCAGAGCUUGCAUUGCUGGCAGGUGGCCCAGCUGCCAGGAGAGACCUGGAAGAGAAAACUCAGGGUGCACCAGGAAGCAGAGGAGUGACUCAUGAGGUGUGGUGUGGUGCUGAGUCACGCUCAGCACCCAGACGGGCCCUGCUCAGCUCCCCGUGCCCUCAACCCUCGCUGCCCCUUUACCCUGGGAUGCCCCUCCAGGUGUCCCCACAGCUGCCUCACUGGUGCUCUCUGCACAUGAGAGGUGGGGGACAGAAGGUGCCAUCCCCUGUCAGCAGAUGCUGGAGAGAGGCAGCUCGCUGGGAGCAGGACAGCUCAUGCCCCCAGUUUCACCAGUUAUGGGGUGAGGAUUUGGCUGCAUAAAUAAAUCUGAUUAAUUCAGUGGUGAGAAAAAACAGGGACAUGCCAAGGAGCCCUGAAAUGCCA